AUGGGGUUCUGGAACUUCGGGGGGGCAGGGCACGUGGCACUUGCGCUUGUGUGUCUGUCCCUGUUCUCCUCCACCAUGGAGGAAGCAGCAGGGUUCAACUCGGAACUCGCCGUAUCGACAAUGACAAGACUGCGCAUGACCAUGGUGCGCCUGAACUUGCGCGGCGGAGGGAAGAAGUUCAAGGGGAAGAUGUUCCCAUCGGCCAUGGAGAAACGCAUCAAGCCGCUGACCGAUCGCUCUGACUUCCAAGUUGACAAUGGCGAGGGGAGGAAGGUCCCGACCAAGAUGGAGAAGGACUGGCAAGUGAUGCGGUGGCUCAAUGAUGAUCCGCUCGAGCACCCGACGUUGCAGCAGGAGUAUGAAGGGAUCGACCGGCGCUCUUCACUCCACCCCGCCAAUCAGAUGAUCAUAAUGAAGAGGGAGGAGAAGCUUCGCAAGAAGCUGGCGAGGAGGCAGAAAGGGCUGAAGAGAAGGAUGAAGAUCCUCAAGAUGAUGAAGAUGCAGGAGAGGAAACAGAAGAGAUUCAACGAGCAACAAAUGGCGUCCACGAAUGCUGCGACUGGUUCCACGAAAACGACAAGUCAACCCAAUCAACCUGAUAAGUCAUGGAAGGCAGAUAUGUCCAGUGGAGGAGACGAUGAGGACAUGUACGACGUUCUUGUGUUGGCAGAGGAUCAAGCGACGCCCAUCCUCAAUGUUUCACUCUCCCGCAAGAUGGCCAAGACAUUCAAGAAACAUGCAGGAGACAAGACUAAACUUCCGACAGAAGCGGGAUACUUUGGAUCGAGCAAGUUGAAGUCCACCAACAGGGUUUACUUCCGAAGGUCGAGAUCGGCACCUCCACCAAUGAAGGUUUACAGGAGGUAUGAGACGAGCAAUGGCAGUGUAUUGGAGCUCGGUAUGUCAAACUUGUUGUGUCGAAGUGCAAAACUCUCCUGGUUGAUCUUGGAUUUUCUCCUUCUCAAGUUCGAAAGGUUGGGAUAUUAUCAUCGUCACAAUAACUUCACAGCGGUCGCUUGCCUGUGCGACAGCAUCGUUUGCACCAAAGGUGGACGACAAUACAUAUCACCUUGGUUUGAUGCCUGCGGUCUGGCGAGCAUCAAGGAUAUCGAGCGUCGCAAUCUGCGAAUUCAAAACAUAUCGAAGCAAUUCCCUUCGCUCACCCCGGGGCAGAGCUUGCAGAUGAACGAGUACCUCCUCUACACCGUGGAAAAGCAGGAGAAGAUUCCGCUCAAGAACAUGAUAAAAUUGUGUGAGAAAACCAAUAACUUCAGACAGACUGGGGGAUAUGCUGAUUCAGCCCUCCGCUUCGCCGUCCAGAGGGACUGCCACCUUUCUCUUGCGACCCUCUGCCAGGCAGGAUUCAAAGCGAGCAACCGUGAAGGUCCACUGCUGCAUCUCGCUGCCAGGCUGGGACAUCCGAAAUGCGUCGAGGUUCUGCUGAGCCAGGGUAAGAUGAAACUGGACGCCAAGAACUUAGAGGGAAACACGCCGCUACAUGCAGCAGCAGCGGCUGGGAAAUUUGAAAUGGUCAAACGCCUCUGCGAGAUGGGAGCGAACGCGUUCAUCCCGAACAACAACAACUUGACAGCAGCAGAUGUAUCUGUGAUGGACAAUAAAGAUGCGAACGGGAAAGAGGUUCUCGUGACCUACAAGCUUCGCAUCAACUCCUGGCUCAAGUCCUACAUGAAGAAGAGGCUGCUGAGCUCCAACAACAAGGCCGAGCAUCGCAUGGCUAUCAAGAGCGGAUUGAACCUAUAA